GUUCCCGGCGCCCGGAGGUGGCCUCUCCCCUGCGCACGACAGGCCGCACGCGUCUGCCGGCUUCCGAGACUUUUGCGGGGCUGUUGGGAGUCCCGUACGUCUGUGGGGCUUGCCGCCGCCAUCCUCCACCCGCCCUGCCCGUAGGCCGAUUCCCGUGGUCGCAUCCGGCUGGGAAAUGGUAGUGCUUUCCGUGCCCGCCGAGGUGACUGUGAUCCUGUUAGAUAUCGAAGGUACCACAACCCCGAUUGCUUUCGUGAAGGACAAUUUAUUUUCUUACAUCAAAGAAAAUGUUAAAGAGUAUCUGCAGACACACUGGGAAGAAGAGGAGUGCCAGCAGGAUGUCAAUCUCUUGAGGAAACAGGCUGAAGAGGAUUCCCACCUGGACGGAGCUGUUCCGAUCCCUGCUGCAUCCGGGAAUGGGUCGGAUGGCCUGCAGCAGAUGAUCCAGGCUGUGGUGGAUAAUGUGUUCUGGCAGAUGUCUCUGGACCGAAAGACCACGGCAUUGAAACAACUGCAGGGCCACAUGUGGAGAGUGGCGUUCACAGCGGGGCACAUAAAAGCAGAGUUCUUUGAAGAUGUCGUACCAGCGGUCCGAAAAUGGAGAGAGGCUGGACUGAAGGUGUACAUCUAUUCUUCAGGGAGCGUAGAGGCACAGAAGCUACUGUUUGGGCACUCCACAGAGGGCAAUAUUCUUGAGCUUUUUGAUGGUCACUUUGACACCAAGAUUGGACACAAAGUGGAGAGUGAGAGUUAUCGAAAGAUUGCAAACAGCAUUGGGUGCUCAACCAAUAACAUCCUCUUUCUUACAGACGUUACUGUAGAGGCUAGUGCUGCCGAGGAAGCAGGUGUGCACGUAGCUGUGGUGGUGCGGCCCGGCAACGCGGGACUAACGGAUGAUGAAAAGACUUACUACAACCUCAUCACAUCCUUCAGCGAACUCUACCUGCCUACUUCCACUUAGAGAGAAGCACGAAACGGAAGACGAAACGCUUCCUCUGCGUCAACCCUGUAGUCUAGUUUUAUUCUAAUGGUAACUUACUUAAAAAACAAGAAACACACACACACACACACACACACACACACACACACACAGGUGUAUAUGUGUACAUCUUCAAAUUACCUUCCACAAGCAUAAGUCGGGGGAAAAUACUCAGUGCAGUGGAAUGGAAGCUAAUUUAAAACUGUAUUAUAUGUAGACAUUGUUCUAAGUCAUAGUGUAACCCUUACUGAGAGCAAAGUGUAGUUGCUAGAAGAAAUUACUAAAAUAUGGAUUAAAUGUGUUAUGUUUAUUAGGCCACAUACCAAAAUGGAAGCUGGUUUGGGGAAAUUAUUCAGGAGUCUGCUAUAUUAAAAACGAAGUAUUUCAAAGGCUUACUCCUUUGAAUAAGGCAUUGCUAAAUUUUCAUUGUGUGCUAAAAGAUUAAAGCAAGUGUAUUUCACAAUAUUUGCCUCCCUCUAUACAGAAAAUAAAGAUGUUUACUUCUGCUCCAAAAGAGCAUUAUUGAAAUAGAAAAUCAACUCAAGUCUUAAUUAGUUGGGCUGUUACUUUAAGAAGAGACUUGGUAGUCUACAGCAAGCAAUUAAUUGCCUUACCAAUGAAAAAUGUGCAUUGACUUAGUAAGUAAAGCAUAGUUCUGGUUCUUAGUAUUUACCACAACAUUCUUAAUUGUGCCAGUUGUUAAUAAUAAAAGAUUUAAUGGUUGCCUUUCUAACUACUACUUAGCACAAUUUUAGAAUAUUGCUAUUUAAAGUGGGAAAAGGGUAUUACUGAAGUUGGUAAGAUUAAAAAAGAGCUCUAAUAUGAAAUAUUUUCCUUUGUAAUGGAUGUGAGAAAUGUAAAUUUUAUAACAGCAUUAUUUAUCCUGUUUCAGUUCUAAUAGACUAUUGUGUCAAUUUCUCUGUGAUUAAUAAAAUCUUUCCUUUUUCCAUUCA